GUGAACCCAGUAAAACUACAAUUCCCGAGAUGCACGCCCGACAGCAUGACGUUCCUUCAAACCACUUCCUCGGUUUGUAGAAGCGGUUUCAGACGGUGAAGUGCCAUCCGGUUUUCUUCUGACUGUGGGGUGGUUACCUGGACGAUGAUCGACCUGAGGGCGUGGGCGGAGUACGUGGUGGAGUGGGCGGCCAAGGACCCGUACGGCUUCCUGACCACCGUCAUCCUGGCGCUGACGCCCCUCUUCAUCGCCAGCGCCCUGCUGUCAUGGAAACUGGCGAAGAUGAUCGAGGCGCGCGACCGCGAGCAGAAGAGGAAGCAGAAGCGGCAGGAGAACAUCGCCCGCGCCAAGCGGCUGAAGAAGGACUGAGGCCCCUCCCCUCGGGCCGGGGUCGCCGUCACUGCCACGCCCAGUCACGUCUGGCCCCCCGCCCCCUCCCUCAACAUCCACCAAAAGGGGGGCCGGUGCCACAUUUCAGAUGGGAUGCGCUGUGCCCGACUGGUCAACGUGGGGAUGGGCGUGUCACCCUGCUGAAGGCCACGCCCCCUCUCUCCGCCUGCUGCGCAGGUGUUGCAGUAUUCCGCAUUCCGUACCGCUGCGCAGUUCCACAAACUGUCCAUUACCGCUCAGCCACCUGCGUCCACCUGCGUCCAGUAUAAUCCGCUAACUAAAGACCCUUUCAGAGUACGUGCUCAUUCUUAAAUCUUUUUUUUUAAUUUUUUUAAUUUUUUUUUUUAAAUCAAGUAUUUCCAUAGUAACUUCGAUUUGUAACGUGGAUCAAACUGUGCCUUUCAGCAGACAAAAGCUGGUGCAUUUUUAUUGUUGUUUUUUUUUUCUUCUCAUUUUUAUUUUCAUCGAUCAGAUUCUGCAAACAGAGGAUGCAUGUGCUGUAGCGAGGGCCAGUGGGGACUAAAGAAAAUCUAAAAUAUGAAAUGAAAACAAAGUGGCUGCAGAAAAUCUACUCUGCUGCUUCCAUCUACAUGAUUCCACCCUCAGACAUCUAUGUUUUAUUCCUGGAAGACUGAUUUUCUUUAGAGCGUGAUUGAAUACGGGCACAGAAAUGAUGUGGAUCCAGUAGUGCUGGUUUUCUGUACGAAGUGAGCCCCAAGAAUUUUAAUCCCCGGUUGUGCAGGAGAAGAUGUGUGUGCGGCCAGAUGUUCUCCAUUUGGUGAGGUGUGGAGAUUCACGCCCUGCAAAAUUCUGCCCCGCAUUGCCCGUGAACUGCUCAAGACCAGUUCAACUUGGCAUUUUUUUCCCCUUCCUCCCCCCCCCCCCCCUCUCUUUAUUUUGUAUAAAACGAGAUAUUAAAGACCGAUUGAGCAGACUUUGA